UGCUGGACUUUAGAGAAGUUUUUUCCAGACGUGUAGACAAGGACACUCCAGCUUCGCCCUUCCUUGUGGCUCAGAGUGGGAAAUAUUGAGUCACACAGAAUCAUCUGGAUACAUAACUUCAGGAACCGGAAAUUCAAGUGCCAGGACCGCUGGAGAGCAUGGGAGAAUCCAAGCACAGGGGCAAGGGCGAUGCAAACACUGAGCUGACCUUCGUUGGAGUGGACAAUGUAAGUAAACAGGAUGAAAUUCUCUUUGUCAGAGCGAUUUCCAAACCAAAGCCAGUCAUUUCAAACAUUUUGAACAGAGUGACUUCAGACUCAUAUCCAAAAAGAAAGAAAGGACGCUUGAGUCAAGAUCCUGCUUGCACGUUACACCCUGCUGAUCACGUGACCCCCACAUCAAAAGCAGAGGCCAUCUCACCAGUUUCUCAGUCUGGAAGGAGAGCAACAGAUAGUCCUAGUAUGUUUAAGCCUUCCUCUAAACCUAAUUAUAAAUCCAGCUCCUUACAAGUUGUGCCUGGCAGUUCCUCCGAUUUGCUCUCUCCACGGUCUCAUUGUCUACUUGGACAUAUACUUUCUGCAGCAGGCAAGGAUGAAGGUCUUCGUGAUUCAAAGCGACUUUCCAUUCUGGAUAUAAAUAGCAGAAAUUCUCAAAGACCUAAACUCAGUGAUGGAAUCCCAGAGGGACAUUCUUCAGCUGUGGCUCCUUCAGGUAUCUCUUCUACCACGAACACAAAUACAACCUCAGAAGGUGUCCCCUUUCCAUUAAGCCCUGAUCAGAAUGGAGAACCAUUUUCCUGGGCUCAUGCAAAUGACAAGGCACAUUUCAAUCUUAUGGAUCCAGACGAAGCAAGUAGUUUGGAAAGGCUGGAAAAAACAGACUUUUCGAGUCUAGCAACUCAAAACAAGACUGUCGAUGCCAAGAAAGGAAAACUGAUCAUUUUACUUCAUGACUUUUACUACGGACAGCAUCAAGGAGAUGGGCAGCCAGAACAGAAGACUCACACAGCCUUUAAAUGCCUCCGCUGCUUGAAAGUUCUAAAAAAUGUCAAGUUCAUGAGUCACAUGAAGCAUCAUUUGGAACUUGAGAAGCAAAGGGGUGACAGCUGGGAAAUCCAUACCACCUGCCAGCACUGCCACCGGCAGUUUCUCACUCCCUUCCAGAUGCAGCAUCACAUUGAAAGUGUGCACACUGCCCAGGAGCCCUCUGCUGUCUGUAAAAUUUGUGAAUUGUCAUUUGAAACGGAUCAGGUUCUCUUACAGCAUAUGAAGGACAACCAUAAGCCUGGAGAAAUGCCCUAUGUGUGCCAGGUUUGCAGUUACAGAUCAUCGGCCUUUGCUGACGUGGAAACACAUUUCAGAACAUGCCAUGAAAACACUAAGAAUUUGCUUUGUCCGUUUUGUCUUAAAAUCUUCAAAGCGGCAGCAACCUACAUGAAUCAUUUUUGGGGGCACUGGAAAAAGCGAGUCUUCUGGUGUUCCAAGUGUCGGCUACAGUUUUUGACUCUGAAGGAGAAAACAAAGCACCAAACCAAGAAUCAUCAAACAUUUAAAAAGCCGGAGCAAUUGGAAGGCUUAUCUCCUGAAACAGGAGAUAUUAUUCAAAUUUUAGUUCAAUCCGGAUCUCAAGAGGUGCAGCAUCCAUUACGAUGAGCAACACUAACCCUAGAUUGUAACCUGUAAAAACCAAGAGACAUGUGGCUAUUUAGAACAGUAUUCCAGAUGUCUCUGCAGCUAGGGUUCUGGCUAAAAAUUAUGUUCCACCCACCUCCAGGAAUUCUGAAAGACAGGUUGAGAUGAGGGCAUCUGUACAUCAUGGCUGUAGGCGCCAGCAAGCAGUGUCAACAGCUGUCAGGUGUGACAAUUCUUCAGCUGCCUACUGUCAAUAAGUAGCUCAGAAGAUUUCUUAAUGCCCCUUGCCAGCCAACCCUUUCCCCAAAGUAACCACUUUUUGGACCUAAAUAAGUCAGAUGCAUUUUUGCUGUGUGUAAUAGUAACAUAUUCUUUUUCACUGCUCUGAAGAAUCUCCUUGAAUGAAAAUGGCAGUUUUAUAUAUCGUUAAUGAUUU